CUCCGCGAAAACGCCAACAUGGAGCCGAGGCGAGGACGACAUUUGCACCAACAAUAACAGCAGAACAGACGCGCGGCGACACUGCUUUCCGCGUAUCUGCACGCUGGAAGCGGCGAGCAGCGAGCAGCAAUCGGUUUUAAGCGCUAUCAGAGCUCGGCCUUGUGGUGACGCAUUUCCUCUCACCCACCAGCCUUGUUGACACCCGGACAGUAACAAAUGGUCUCCGUAAGCGAUAAAGCAGUAACCAUUGUUAAUGACUCGUGUAGGGACCAGGUGCUGGUGGCCUUACCUUUCGUGGAGGUAGCAGGCAGCGAGGGGAGCAGCUCAGUCUCCUGCUCAAGCACUGAAACGGGCGACGCUGGGACCUGCUUUGGCUGCAGCGGGGAGGAAGAGGAUGAGGAAGAUGGCCCCUUGCGCCUGAACCUCAACUCUGCCGCAAGUGCGGCGGGGCCCUCGGGCGCUGCGUCUCCUCCCCAGCUGCCGGACUUUAUAUCGCAGGUUUCGAGUACCUUCUCCCCAACCCUUGAGGACAUCGAGGAGUUCUUGAUGGAGAAGAUGGAGCUUAUCAGCCCCGAGGAGAAAGCAGAUGAGAUCAUUCCUAAAGAGCAGCUGCCUUCCCCAGGUCAGCUCAAAGAUACAGACAUCAAAGCAACCCCUGCAGCUCUGAAUAAUACCCCUACAGCUAGCUCUGCUCCUGUGCUCGUGGGAGCUCCCCUGGUGCUACAGAUUCAACCAAUACAACUCACCCACCCUCUUCCCCAGCCGACCGCCCAAGCUGGGCUGGCCGGUGGGCUGCGUGUGGCACACCUAGUGCUUGGGGUCCAGGGUGGGCAGAACAUCGCUCUGCUCUCACCACAGGCGCCCUCUGCUUCCGUCCUGCCCGUCAUGGGUGAUGCAGGCUGCCAAGACCAAAAGUAUGUAAAGAUUGCCCCUUUGCCUGUCGCAGUAAGGGCAGUUGACAUAUCGGGUACCGGCCUGGUCAAAGCCAUUUCUCCACGGCCACCCAGAUUGUCGACGGAGAUUCAGCGGGUGCAUAAGUGCUCUCAUCCAGGCUGCGAGAAGAUGUACACCAAGAGCAGUCACCUGAAGGCCCACUUCCGCAGACACACAGGCGAGAAGCCAUACUUGUGCAGCUGGCCAGACUGUGGAUGGAGGUUUUCAAGGUCAGAUGAAUUAUCACGCCACCGUCGGUCUCAUUCAGGCGUGAAGCCAUAUGAGUGCACAGUGUGCGACAAGAAGUUUGCCAGGAGCGAUCACCUCUCCAAACACACUAAGGUGCACCGCAGUCCGCGAGUAGGCAGACUGGGCAGAAACAGCUCCUGAGGUGUCAGAACCCCUCCGCCAGCCCACCACACCCACAGCCUCAAGCCUAACAGGCAAAGCCAGAAGAUGGAAGCAGACUCUCAAGCUCACGUGUUCCUUCCUUUCUCCUGUUCUGCCAGGUGUUGGCUGUUCUUGGUGCUACAGUUUGCUAACCUGAAUCUCAGGGAUGUGGUCGUAUGGCUCUAAGCAGAUUUCUGACAGUUUGCUAGGCUAAGCCCUGAUCUAUGAAGAGUUGGUUGCUCCAUGCCCCAAACUGUAGGCUGUGUUAUGGUGGAUAAUGUGGGUCAGUAGAGAUUUGUUUUGUUUUUAAUUAUGACUAAAAGUUAGAGAUUAGAGGUUUUAGAAGGCAAUCCAAUGCAAAGUUUAGUCAACGGAGAAGUAUGGUGCUAAACUUUAAAUAUUAUGGUGCACCGUAAUAUGGUGCUAAUACUUUAAAUAUUUUAUGAAUAUUCCCAUGUAAGCUGAAUCAGGCAGGUCUGGUGGGAAGGUUAUUGAGAGUUUAGCUAGCUAAACAGCGUCAUGCUGCCCACAGCGAAGCUGACGCUCUGGGCUUGUCUCAAGGCUGACUUAAACCGACGUAACUGCUAAACCAUCUACUACGUAUACCUGCUAGAAAGUAGAACAAAAAAGUUUAGCAUUUUGUUAAGAUAUUGAAUACUGAAGCCAAGAUGCUUCCCUUUGUUUUAAAUCAUGACAAUAUGCACUGUAAUGUGAGCUUUGCAAUGUCAAAUCUCCACUAUCACGGAAUAGUAUAUUUUUCUUAGCACUUAGGGUACUUUUUGGAAGUACCACCCUCUGAAACUCGAUGCAAGAUAUGGUCCAAUAUGAUUGUUUUUAAAUGUAUGUAUUACUUUACAAUGCGUUUCUCACAUUUUAUGUUGUACCCUUUAACCUCAAAUGCUACUUCUUAUCCCAGGCAUGACCCUUAUCGAACCAACAGUUGUUUUAAUGUUGAGCAUCUUCUUGCCUUUUCCUGUGCCUCAUACUUCUCUCUUGAGGGCGGCUACGCCGAACCAGAUGUUUCUGCUGACGGUGGAACUUUGGAUAACUUCACUAUGUUCAAGAAAG